UAGCCUAGUACGCCUGCGCACCAUCAAGAUAGAACCAAGUCUGGACCACGGCAACCCCGCCUCGUUAUUGACCAAUCCUUUUUCUACCAACUGUUAUAAAUAUUACCACCGCCGUCCAUUGGGUGAAGUGUUGACGACUUUGUUGCUAAAUCUGGCAACUUUCCAAAUCCUCAUGGCGACUUUUUUUUGUCAAAAGCAACUAGCGACAAAUCUAGCGACUUUUUCUGGUGUUUUGGAGACUGACGUGGAAGCACGUAUCGUUCUGCAGUUCCGGUCCUCAACGAGCAGUGGGUGCUGCCGUGAGCCCCUCCGUCGUCCCAGAGGACUAACAGGCGGUCACCAUGCCAGAAGGAAAACAUCAACAGAGCAACUUCAUUCUGUUGAUAAUGGCUUUGUCAGUCAUGUUGGAGGUCUGCAGGGUCCAUGGCUGUCGGACUGGCUCUGGAUCAGAGUGUGAAGAAGCUCCUUUUGUCCCAGGCCACAACCUGGCAGGAGAGGGCUUCGAUGUGGUGCGGAUGCGUCGAACGGGCGCGUAUGUCAUCAACGUCGAAGCUCACCUGGCUGAAAACCGCACCUGCACACUGUGUCCCAACCGGUUCCAAAACGGACAGAUUCAGAGGCUUCCAGCGGCGGUGGUGGACUGGCAUCCCCUCAGCGGCUGCAAUCAGCAGCUUUCUAGUGCCCUGCACCACUCGGUGGACUCCCUGCUGCGCAGCUCCAACUCCCUGGUUAACAACAACUGGAAGGUGGAAUUGGGCCUCGACAAUGUUGGCACAGGAGUGCUGGGAGGAAGCAGAUCAGAACUGGCAGUGUUUGCUGGUCAACAGCACUGUGGGGAAAAGGUCACUUUUGCCACCCAUGAAAUCAGUUGCACCUACUACAGCUACAGGCUGGCUGAUCAUCCCCAGCUGAGUACAGAAUUCACAAAGCAUCUGAACCGACUCCCACCAAGUUUAAACACAAGCCAGGACAGAGUCGAGUACAGACGUCUGAUAGACACCUAUGGAACUCACUAUAUACGCCAGGUCCAACUUGGUGGAAAGGUGAAGCGAAUCACUGCCUUCAGGAACUGUGUGGCCACAAUGAAGGGUUACUCAGAGUCUGAGAUCGAUAACUGCCUGAACUACGAACUCCGAAUGGCUCUAGGUUUCCUCCCUGUUAAUGCUUCCUUCUCCAACAAGUGUGAAAACAUCCUGAAGGGCAAUAUGAGCAUGGGCUCCUACCAAGCCUUCAUGACUCACCAGACCGAGGUUAUCGGGGGGGGAGUGGGGGACAUCCUCCACCAGCAAGAACCAUCUGAAGCGUACCGCAGCUGGAUGAACAGCCUCCACGACAACCCUGACGUAGUUUCCUACGCCAUCCUCCCUCUGCACCGUUUGGUGAAGGACUCGCAGAUCAGUGCCAAUCUGAAAAGCAUCGUCACUGACUACAUUAAAGAGAACCAGCUGCAGGUGGGACAUCCUGAUUCUAAGAGCAGUUCCCUGACUCCUAACCUGGUUCGCAACGGUCGUCCAAAAAGGGCUGUGAUAGGAACCCUCAGAGUGAAGAUCAAACAUGCUGCAGGCCUGAAUUCGGACCCCUUCUCAAAAACAGACGCCUACGUGAAAAUCAUCUACAAUGGCAGGACCCAGAAAACUUCCACGAUAAAUGAAAGAAAUUACCCAGUGUGGAAUGAUGUAUUUUAUUUUGAUUACGUUGACUGCUCUGAUAAGUUGUUUGUGGAAGUCUGGGACGCGGAUGUACGCUAUGAUGACCUGAUUGGGAGAAGUUAUGUGUAUCUUGAGAAGGGAUCUUGGGAAGUGAUCAGUGAGCUCAGUGAAGGAGCUCUCUACUAUGAGUUCACCGUCAGAUGAGAUGCUCACUUGACAGGCUUCAGGUGUGGAAGCUACUCCCCCGAUGCUGAGUAGGUUGUUAGGUGACAAUGUUUCAACAUGGAUGUAGAUAUACAUAUAGAUAGAUGAUGUUUAAGUGUAAUAUAUUUGGCAUUUUAUAAUUGCAUGUAAACUAUAAACAUAAAAAUGUCAUAUUAUUAUCUUGUAGUAAACAUGAAUUAAACCAGAAACCAGGUGUCUUCUAUGUAAACAAUGUCUUGUAAUGUUUCUGUAUUAAUCAACCAAAGUCAAUGUCCUUCUACAUCCAUCGUACAUAACCAAAUAAAGACAUGUCGA